GCCAUCUGUGUGCUGUGUGCGCCGUAACUGCCGCCGCUUGUUGCUAUUCACAACGGAAAUGCGCUGCUGGCUGAGCCGCCUGUCACUGUCUGCCCUAGGAGCAGCGCUGGGCCGGUGCUAAGUACUGCUGGGGAGCUGGCGCGUGAGAUGCCAGAGUCCUGCCUAUGUGAAUCAGACAGUGUGUCCCCCAGCAACAUGGAAGGGAUCCUGUACAAGUGGACGAAUUAUCUUACCGGGUGGCAGCCAAGAUGGUUUCUUCUUUGUGGAGGAGUUCUUUCUUAUUAUGACUCGAGGGAAGAUGCAUGGAAGGGCUGUAAGGGAAGCAUCCAGAUGGCGGUUUGUGAAAUUCAAGUACAUGCCACCGACAACACCAGGAUGGAUCUAGCAAUUCCAGGGGAGCAGUACUUCUAUCUGAAAGCCAGGACGGCAGCAGAGCGACAACAGUGGCUUGUUGCAUUGGGCUCUGCAAAAGCCUGCAUAACAGACAUCAGGACAAAGAAAGAGAAAGAGUUUAGUGACAGCACGGAAACGCUUAAAACAAAGAUGUCUGAAUUAAGGCUGUAUUGUGAUAUAUUGGUCCAGCAAGUAAAUAAGACCAAAGACACAACUAUUAUAGGUGCAUCUGAUUCUCAGGAGGAACUUGAUAUGGGAGCCCUUCUGAAGUCGACAUGUAAUACCUUCCUGCAAACCCUGGAAGAGUGCAUGCAGAUUGCAAACAACACCUUCACGUCUCGCCUCAUGUAUGCUACACCCCCAGGAUCCCCUCAUCUCUCCGCCCUAUUCCCUAACAAGGUUCGUCGUUCUACCUUGUCCAGUCAGAUUUCAGCACAAAGGAAAAUGGAGCUGAAUAAUAACCUUGAAAACGGCUCUUUUAAAGUGGAGACCAAUCAUUGCGACCAUUCCCCGAUUGAAAAUAUUCGUGUCCUUGGCAUGGAAAUUUCUGAGACUGUCCCUGUGUCUUCCAAGAAAAAUGAAAAUUCUAACGAUUUAGGAGAAGCUGAAGGUGAUCUACACUCAAUUCCACCAGCUACAGAGAAUCAGGCUGACUGUGAUCUACAAGACAAAGUAAAUGACACUCUGACACAUACAGUGACUGGCACUUUGCAUCAAGAUGAAGGAGGAGGGAAUGUGGAUGAAGGAUCGGGCAGUAGUAAAGAUUUGCCCGAAACAUUUUUCAGCAUGAUGACUCACAGGUUCAGUGAUCUUGUAUAUGAAGAUGAAGAUGGUAUACCCACAGAAUAUUUCCUGGACUCCUGCUAUGCUAUAGUCCCAGUUUUGGACAAGCUUGGGCCAACUGUGUUUGCACCUGUGAAAAUGGAUUUUGUUGGCAACAUAAAGAAAAUAAAUCAGAAAUUCAUAACCAAUAAGGAAGAAUUGACAACCCUUCAGAAGAUCGUUCUCCAUGAAGUAAACAAUAACCUGUCACAAGUUCGUAAUUCUGCAACUGAGGCCCUUCUGUGGCUGAAAAGAGGUUUGAAGUUUCUGUUUCAAUUUCUGACUGAAGUGAGAGGUGGUGAAAAGAACGUUCAGACAGCAUUAAGUAAUGCAUAUGGAAAAACAUUACGCCAGUAUCAUGGCUGGGUGGUUAGAGGUGUAUUUGCACUGGCCUUGAGGGCAGCCCCAACAUAUGAGGGAUUUGUGGCUGCACUGUCUGUUAAAGAAGGAGAAGAGAAAGAUGAAGCCUUCCCUGACGCUAUGAUGAGGGAUCUGAACAUUUACCUGCCAGCUAUGGAGAAGCAACUAAAUAUUUUGGACACUUUGUAUGAGGAGCAUGGUCUAGAAUCGGAUGAAGUUGUAUGACCAGUCACAUUGUAGUACAGUUCAGGGAUUUGACCCAAAGCACUAAAUGGGAGGUGAAUGGACUGUAUUUUGGGCACAUUAUAUCUGUGGGGAUAGAUGUGGCCUCCAGCGUUCACUCUUCUGUAAUUCACAAUCAAGUUUUGUAUCUCCGAAUCCUGAACACAACCACAGUGACCAUUGGGCUCCUGGAUCUGUUCAUUGUAAUCUUGAAAAGUUUUUAUUUAUAGAUUUACCUAUAACUGACGGGACACGGCUUUUAUAAUGACAUUUUAAGUACAUAGAAAUGCUUGUGUAUUAGGUCACAGAUUGACUUGAUCCUUUGGGAACAGGGUGCAAAUUGCAGCCCAUCUGAAGAGACGACUCCCAUGAUCCUCUGCCACCUGCAAGUUUUACUUUAGCUUGCCUACCUCUGCUGGAAACUUGUGUCAUGGGAUAGGACUCCUAUGUUCUUCUAUGUAAUCACAAUUCUCAGGACGCUUUGUCUCCAGCUUUUAUGGCUAUGGCGUGGGGCUAUAGUUCUUUGCUUUAUGAAGUGUAUUUCAUAAAUUGUAAAAAUACAAUUUUAAAUUGC